AUUAAAUGGUGUCUAAACAUGAAUCAAACUNCGAAUAAUAGUCACAACACCUCCGAUGACCUCUUCGGGGACCCCUUUGCGCCCCCAUCACCACCAUCACCACCAACACGUCCCGCACAACACUCUCCCCUCACCAAUGAUGACGAGGACGACAGCGACCACAACGACGACCUCUUCGUCUCCACUUUCGAGAGCCCUCCCAUUGACACUCGAAGUGCAAUCAAAAGCAAUUCCAUUGAAAAUCCUAUCAAUGAUCUGAUGGCCAGUCAUGAGAUUGAUUUGGACGACGAAGAAGACAGUUAUGGGAGAAACGGUUCCAAUGGGUCCAGUGGUGAGCAGGCAUUGAACGGCACAACCAUUGGCCGUAAAGUGAACGCUGAGUUGGAAGCGACUCUUCCGACGGACACUUCGAAAGCCAUUUUGUCGACGUCUUCUUCGGUCACUUCAAGCGCUAACGAAACCCUUAAGACAAACAUAAACUCCAGAAAUGAGGACCAAUUGACUCCAAACCCCACAAAAAGCGGAACACCUGAAAGACAUAUCACUAUAGCUGUGGGCGAACCUCAACGGGUGGGCGAAGGGAUGUCCGCAUAUGUUGUCUACAAAGUGGAGACGAAAACGGAUUUUCCUUAUUUCAGAAGAUCUCAGUUUUCGGUGAAUCGCAGGUUCAGUGACUUCUUGGGCCUUCACGAGAAGCUCUCUGAAAAGCACUUACAUUUGGGACGAAUUAUUCCUCCGACGCCUGAGAAGAGUGCCGUCGGAAUGGCUAAAGUGAAGAUGUCUUCCAAAGAGGAGAGCCUCUCGUCGGCGCAGUUCUUCGAGAAGCGAAGGGCAGCCCUCGAGAGGUAUCUCAACCGAAACGCAUCGCAUCCGACCCUUUGCGCUGACCCUGACUUCAGAGAAUUUCUCGAAUUGGACACCGAUUUGCCGAAAGCGACCAAUACUUCUGCAUUAAGUGGUGCCGGCGUUAAGCGACUGUUGAGUCGAAUGGGAGACACUGUCAACAAAAUCACGUUCCGAAUGGACGAAUCUGAUCCGACUUAUAUAUCCAAUGCUUGCUAUGCAUUGCAGUGGUUUGAAGAGAAACAAAAUCAGAUCGAGAAUCUGGACCAACAGCUGAGGAAACUGUUCACUAGUGUCGAAGCGCUUAUACAUCACCGCAAAGAGUUGACUCAGACUACGGGUGCGUUCGCCAAAAGCGCGGCAAUGCUGGGCAACUGCGAGGAACACACGUCCCUCUCGUGCGCUCUCUCGCAGUUGGCGGAGACCGAGGAGAAGAUGGAACAGUUGUAUAGCAAACAAGUGGACAACGAUUUCUUCUAUUUGGCGGAACUGCUCAAAGACUACAUCGCACUCAUAGGUGCCGUCAAAGAGGCCUUCCAUCAGAGAGUGAAAGUGUUUCAGAUGUGGCAACACUCGCAACACAUGCUCACCAAAAAGAGGGAGGCGAAGGCCAAACUCGAGUUGGCCCUCAAGACCGACAAGAUAUCGCAGGCCAACGAUGAAGUCAUUGAGUGGGAGUCGAAGGUCAGCAGAGGUCAGGAGGAGUUUGAGAGCGUCUCGAAAACGAUACGACAAGAGGUCGAGCGCUUCGAAGUGUCGCGAAUCCGUGACUUCAAGACUAAUAUCAUUAAAUAUAUGGAAUCAUUACUCGAGAGCCAACAACAAGUUAUCAAAUACUGGGAGGCAUUCCUCCCCGAAGCGAAAGCCAUCGCCUGAAACUACCGAUUGUUUUAUUUAUAUUAAUAUAUUAUCGAUGAAAU